CAUGUUUCUGUUUACAGAUAAAGAUGAAUACAGAGGGCAUCACGAUUGAAAUGAAUUCUGCCGACAUCUCUCAGGGAAUGCAGUCGGAAGAUGCUAAAGAAGUUGCCGAAAAGGAAACUGAUAUUGAUGACAGUUCAUCAGAAUCAUCGGAUGAAAGUGACACUGACAGUGCAGAAAAGAAUGCUGGGGAUAUCCAAGACCAUUAUUCAGUACACGACAUUGUACAGAACUGUUGCACAUUUGCUGGAAUGGAAAUCAUUGAUUACUUUGAUAGAGAAAAGACAAAAGUAGGAUUACGUGUAGUUCGUGGAGUUGAUUGGGAUAAAGGAAAUGAGGACGGAGGGGAAGGAAAUAUUGGAACUGUCGUGGAAGUCCUGGAUGACUCUCAGCAGGUGCGCGUUCAGUGGGACUCUCAAGAAACGAUCAACGCUCACGAGAACCCGGACAAGUUUAUUUAUAGAACAGGGAAGGACAGGAAAUACGAACUGCGCCUUUUUGAUAACGCGCAGACAG